GGGUAAUGGUGUGAGUGCAAGCGCUGGUGUGGAUGGCCCUGACGAUAGCGAUUGAGCUCGUGUGAGCGGGGAGCCGCCAUAACAGGUGGUCCCUGCAGGGGGUGUCUGGAAAGUCACAGCAGCUGGGCUGCAGCGCCUGGGAUCUGCCUCCUUCUUCUAAGGAUGUAGCGGCAGUGCAGUUAUUGACUGAGAAAGUGCUGGUAGCAGUAAUGGGGUAUGUCAAGAGUUAAGCCUCGCAAUUUAUUUGUUUGGGAGAAGAAACAGAUCUUGCCCUCUGCAAAUGUUUUCCUGCUGGUUUAAAGUCUGCAGUCAAUUCUUAGUCCCCCUAAAUAUGUUCCCUUCUCUCUUAUGUGUGUGUAUUUUCUAUAGUUUGCAAAAUGCAGCAAAUCUGCUGUUAUAGUAUGUUUUUUUUACCUUGUUGUACAACUUGGAGUCUUUCUUGUUGCUUCCUGCACAGGAAGAAUUUCAUAAAUAUAACACUGGAGCUCACCUGGGGCUGGAGUUCCCCCCCAAAAAACAAAACCUUUUCAAAGUAGUGUUGCUCAAAACGUUUCAGUCUGUAUCCAGUCUUAAGCAGGGGAUUUCAUUAUCCGUUUAGUGGACGAGACAGAAAUAACUUAAAAAAAAAAAAAAGUUAGUGAUUGCUGCAGUGAUCUUCCAUUUCUGAAGAAAAUCAGUAAAAUAAAUGCUCACAUGAAAGUGGAAUCAAUACCAGUCCAGUUAAUUCUGCACUGAAGAAGGAUGACAGAUUCUUUUUUAUACUUAAAAAAUGUAUCCUGCACUUGUGCAUUCAGGCUGGAAAUUUCAAAGGGGUCUAGGGGAGCUGAGUACCUAAAUUCCUGUCUCAGUGAGAUUUUUUUCUUAAUUAACUUGGACUUUUUUAAAAAUCUCAAUUUUACAACAGUCAUGUAUCUAGGAUUUUUAAAAGUUUCGUGAAAAAUAGUAUAUCAAUAAACAGAAGCUUAACUUGAAUUGGUAUCUGCAAAGGUUAUGCGUGAAUAUUAAGGACAAUACGGCUUCAGACUCAAGUGGAUGCUCAGAUACAAAAGUUGUGGGUUUUUUUUUCUUGGGUAAGAAAUGUCAGUAAGGUUUACUGCAGUCAUGUGGUGAUACUGUGACACAGGCAUGAUUGUAUUGAAGUUCCACAAUAGAAAUAUUUUACUAAUGUGUAAAAACCAUUAAAGCUUUGAUAUGGGACAUUUCGGAGGGAAGUUCAAGAUAUUGCUGGUGAAAUUCAGAAUUUUCCAGGUUUCUGUGAAUGGAAUUAGCUGUAUCUGCGACAUAAAUAAUCAGGUGUUGCAAAGAUUGUAACUUACAGCUCUAGACAAUUGUCCCUAUGAGUGUGAAUUUGUCUCCAGCAGCAGAACAGACAAAAUCUUCAUGAGCAGAUUUUCAACAGAGUGGGACUAAAAUUCUUCUACAUAAAACAUUAUGAAAAAGAUAUUCCAAGGUCUAAGGAGCUGUGUGGGGACAUAGACUCCAAGAUCUAACAUCUAGCACAAGUACAAAAAAAAUCAUGGAAGAGAAGAAAGAGGAGAAACCAGAAGAGCAACUUACAGAACCUGAAUCAGCUUUCCCAGAAGCCUUACUAGAAUUUCAAAUUGAGACAAAAGAAGCAGCAAUUGAUCGGGUUUUGUUUGAUCUGAAAAAAGUGGAAAAAAAGAACAAAGAAUAUAAUGAAAGAAAUGACCUUCUGAAGGAAGAACAGCAGACACACAUCAGGCGCAUACUAAGACAAAUAGAAGAAGAGGAGAAAGAACAAGAUGAAAAGGAGGUUGUAACUAGGGAUGAUGUGGAAGAGUCACUGAAAGCAAUAUGGCAGUAUGCUAAGGACAAAGAACAACUGCUGAAAGAUCUGCACUCCCAGAUUGAAGAAACUGACAAAAGACUUUCAGUAAAGCGGGAUGAGAGGGAUUAUUGGUUGGAGUACAAAAAUGUAGGAAGUAAAGCGCAGGCCAACAAGAUUAUGAAUCUGGAAAAAAACAUCAAGGAAGUCAAAGAUGACUUUCACAGCGCUACAGAAUAUUAUACAAAUGCUUUGAAAGCAGUGAAAGAAGAAAAUGACAGACUGGUUGAGAGGCACAUGAAGUUAAGUAAGGAACAGGCCCCUGAGAAUGCUGUAAGAUACUUAGACAAAAACUGUCGCAGAGAAAUUGAAGAGAAUGAAUGGCUAAAAGAAGAGGUUAAGAUGUACCAAAAGGAAAUAAGUGAUUUGAAAGCCUCUAUUCAGCUCCUGGAAGAAGAAAACGUUGGUUUAGUGACAAAACUCAUUGAUGGCAAACUUCAGAAUCUGAGAGUACCCAGGCAUUUGUUUCUUACCCAGGCAGCUGGCUUGCAAGAUGAAUUUCCUAAGGAUGAAAUGAAAGAAGUAGAGUAUAGAGAGUAUGCAGCGAAAGCAGAUGGAGAUGAAAGCCUCAGAAGUGCCACAGUCCCCUGUCAGAAAAACAAGACCUUUGCAAAGAUUCAGUCUAAAACAGAGAAUAAGAAGCCUCAAGACAGUGAUGAGGAGCUGCAGGAAAAGUCUCUCACUCUAACUCUUGAUAGCUUGUUGUAUGAAGAUGAAAAAGAUUUCCAGGAAUACUUAAAACUGGGUCCUCUGGAGACAAAGCUGAUGUGUGUGGUUGGAAGAGCGAUGCCCAUUCAUGAAGAACCAGAAGGAAUGCCAAGCAGGAGCCACAAAGAAGAUGGUAUUAUUGGUAAAUCAGAGGGGCACAUCACGGCUCAGAUGAUCAAGGCCUUAUGUAAAGAAAAGCUGACCCCCGAUUCAGGCAAUUCAUGUUUUUGAUAUUCUGAGUGCAAGCAAAAACUAAAAGGAAGUUGUUCGCUGGUGGUACAGUCCCACGCUGAAGGCCUCAGUUGUAGGAAGGUAAAGAUUUAAGCAAGCUGUAUAUGAAACUCCCUAGAUCUGGGCAUGAGCAUUAUAUACUCCACAAGUAACAGGGUUUUUUUUAUUCAUGCUUUUAGAAAGAAAUUUUAAAUCUACUGAUCUGUACUGAUCAUUUUAUGAUGUACAACCUUUGGGACAAGCCUCAGAUAGUUGAGAAGAGGAAAGUUCCACUUGUGUCAAAUCUCCCUGUGAUGAAAACUAGUGUCUAAUUGCAGAUGACAGUCUCG